GGGUCACGGGGUUAGAGGUCACAGUGUCCAAGAUGGCGGCUCAGGCGAGGAAGGUGUAUGAAGUGUUCGUGUCCCAGAUCCCAUGGACACUGGCCACCAGUGAGUAUAAAUACAGGGAGUGUGCACUCAGAGAGGGGGGAGUGGGGUGUAAUCAAAAUCUCAGCCAAUCCAGGCUGGCUGUACUAACUGUACCUGGAAUACACUGUGUGUGUGUCUGUACUAACUGUACCUGGAAUACACUGUGUGUCUGUACUAACUGUACCUGGAAUACACUGUGUGUGGCUGUACUAACUCUACCUGGAAUACACUGUGUGUGUGUCUGUACUAACUGUACCUGGAAUACACUGUGUGUGUGGCUGUACUAACUGUACCUGGAAUACACUGUGUGUGGCUGUACUAACUGUACCUGGAAUACACUGUGUGUGUGUCUGUACUAACUGUACCUGGAAUACACUGUGUGUGGCUGUACUAACUGUACCUGGAAUACACUGUGUGUGGCUGUACUAACUGUACCUGGAAUACACUGUGUGUGUGUCUGUACUAACUGUACCUGGAAUACACUGUGUGUGUGUCUGUACUAACUGUACCUGGAAUACACUGUGUGUGGCUGUACUAACUGUACCUGGAAUACACUGUGUGUGUGUCUGUACUAACUGUACCUGGAAUACACUGUGUGUGUCUGUACUAACUGUACCUGGAAUACACUGUGUGUGGCUGUACUAACUGUACCUGGAAUACACUGUGUGUGGCUGUACUAACUGUACCUGGAAUACACUGUGUGUGGCUGUACUAACUGUACCUGGAAUACACUGUGUGUGGCUGUACUAACUGUACCUGGAAUACACUGUGUGUGUGUCUGUACUAACUCUACCUGGAAUACACUGUGUGUGUGUCUGUACUAACUCUACCUGGAAUACACUGUGCGUGUGGCUGUACUAACUGUACCUGGAAUACACUGUGUGUGGCUGUACUAACUGUACCUGGAAUACACUGUGUGUGGCUGUACUAACUGUACCUGGAAUACACUGUGUGUGUGUACUAACUGUACCUGGAAUACACUGUGUGUGGCUGUACUAACUGUACCUGGAAUACACUGUGUGUGUGUACUAACUGUACCUGUACACUGUGUGUGGCUGUACUAACUGUACCUGGAAUACACUGUGUGUGGCUGUACUAACUGUACCUGCAAUACACUGUGUGUGGCUGUACUAACUGUACCUGGAAUACACUGUGUGUGGCUGUACUAACUGUACCUGCAAUACACUGUGUGUCUGUACUAACUCUACCUGGAAUACACUGUGUGUGUGGCUGUACUAACUGUACCUGGAAUACACUGUGUGUGGCUGUACUAACUGUACCUGGAAUACACUGUGUGUGUCUGUACUAACUCUACCUGGAAUACAUUGUGUGUGUGGCUGUACUAACUGUACCAGGAAUACACUGUGUGUGGCUGUACUAACUCUACCUGGAAUACAUUGUGUGUGUGGCUGUACUAACUGUACCAGGAAUACACUGUGUGUGGCUGUACUAACUCUACCUGGAAUACACUGUGUGUGUGGCUGUACUAACUCUACCUGGAAUACACUGUGUGUGUCGCUGUACUAACUCUACCUGGAAUACACUGUGUGUGUCGCUGUACUAACUGUACCUGCAAUACACUGUGUGUGGCUGUACUAACUGUACCUGGAAUACACUGUGUGUGGCUGUACUAACUGUACCUGGAAUACACUGUGUGGCUGUACUAACUCUACCUGGAAUACACUGUGUGUGGCUGUACUAACUCUACCUGGAAUACACUGUGUGUGGCUGUACUAACUCUACCUGGAAUACACUGUGUGUGUGGCUGUACUAACUCUACCUGGAAUACAUUGUGUGUGUGGCUGUACUAACUGUACUUGGAAUACACUGUGUGUGGCUGUACUAACUGUACCUGAAAUACACUGUGUGUGUCUGUACUAACUCUACCUGAAAUACACUGUGUAACCCAGGAGCUAUUCCAGGCUAUCUGUAUUAACUGUACCAUUUUUUUUUUUUUUAUUAGGGCAGUGUUGCAUCUGUAAUGGGAUAACCUGUGUAGUCUGGGACAUUUUCUGUCUCUCUGUAUUAACUGUAUCUGGAGUAAAAAAACUGUAGACCAGGGUCACUGCACCAACUCUACGUAAAACAAGUUAUUAAAAUAUGUGAUAUGUUCCAGGCUCUAUGUGUAGAAGAUUAUUCAUGAUUUAUUUAUUUUUAACAUGAUGCAAGUAUGAUUUCCAGAAAUGUGUGACAGUGUCUUUUCUUUCAUUUUAGGAGAACUGAAGGAAUAUUUUUCACAGUUUGGGACAAUAAAGAAAUGUCUUUUGCCAUUUGUAAGUAACAUAUUUGAAAAUAAGACUCUCAUUACUUCUAUAUUACAUACCACUAUACUAUUUUUCCUAGGUAUUGGGUAUAGCUAAAUUCUAACCAGAUAAAUAAGACAUCUAUACAGUAUCAAGGUGCAAUGCAGCACUGGUGUCUUGGGAGUGCCAGUUUCUCAGCAGGUGAAAUAGCGUGGGUAAAAUUGAAAAUUUGUGAUUAAUCAAAAGCAGUGUACAUUUCGGUAAUUAGAAGACUGUAAGAAAACGAGUUCCUUCUGUUCUACUAUGAUUUAACAAAACCGUCUUCAGUAAAAUUCAUUUAUGGAAUGUUCAGUUUACGCAAGCCCCAAAUUUCAGUUUUUUUCGUAAGGGAGAGAUCCCAUUAACACCAUCCACACUUAUAAAAGCUGCCACCACCAAGGCAAUUUAUAAACAGGGUACCAUAAUUUACUCCAACCAAUUACUUACGAGACACUGCUUACCUCAUUGGUCUUGGUUGCAGGUGUCCAAUUUGACCCUUACUAUGCUGUAAUCAGUCAUACUACUACAUCUAUUACGUAAGAAUUACAUGCAUCAACUACACCCAGCACCUCGGUUUUUUAUUUUGACCAUUAAUAAACACUAUUAAUUGAAAGGUAAAUCUUGGAAAAAUAAGAGUGUCAUUCUAACAUGCUUGUGUACUACACCAUGAGAAAUCUAUUGUCUUAAUUAAUAAUUUAAAUGGACACUAUAGUCACCAGAACAACUACAGCUUAUUGUAUUUGUUCUGGUGAGUAGAAUCAUUCCCUUCAAGUUUUUUGCAGUAAACACUGUUUUCUGAGAAAAUGCAUUGUUUACAUUACAGCGUAGGGUUACCUCCAUUGGCCACUCCUCAGGUGGCUACUAGAGGUGCUUCCUGGAGCAGUGCUGCACACUGCCAUUCAGUGUCUCCACCGUCUGCAUGGAGACACUGAACUUUCCUCAUAGGGAUGCAUUGAUUCGAUGUAUUUCUAUAAAGGGGAGAUACUGAUUGGCUAGGGCUGUGUUUGGUCUCCUUGGCAACCUUAGCCAAUCCAAUGCUUUGCUAUUGUGAUUGGCUUUGAUCAACAUUUCUGAUGUCAGUCAAGCCGGCAGAUCAAGUGGAAGACCAAGCGGCAGACUAGAAUAAAGGUAAGAUUUUACUAUAUUUAGGAGGGGCUAGAUUGUGUUUUAACACUAUAGUGUCAGGAAUACAUGUCUGUGUUCCUGACCAUAUAGUAUUCCUUUAAAGAACAAAAACCGGAAGGGAUGUAAACUGGGAACGUGAAGAAAAUAUAUUUUAUUAGAAAACCGCUUUGACCAAACUACUUAAAUUGAAUAUUGGAGUAAAGACUCCUGUUCGUAGACAAAAUAUCCAGUGUUCAUAUAGCUCAGAUAAAUCUGCAGAAUACCAUAUUCCCAAGUACUUCUUCAUAAACUCACACUGCAGAGAUGGAAAUUGAGGUUGAAGAGAAGAAAAGCCUGCUCCUGGUAGGGCUAUAUACAAAUAUGUUUGGUGAUAUUACCAAUGUGAUAAGUUUGAAAUUCCUUAAAAUGUUUGGAAGGGAGAUCUUGGGCUGCAUCACCGUACACAACACCUCAACGAGUAAGAACAAGUAAUUUGUGACAGUCUGCAAGACGAAACAAUUGUGUAAUCCACUAUUUCUAUUGUAUUUGGUUUAGGCAGCAGCUUUGGAACACAUGUGAUGCUUUAGAAGCAGUCAACAAGAAACUAAGCGUGAUAUGAAAUUAUGGACCAUUGGGUUGCACUUCAGACUAAAUAUGGGAAAAUAGUUUUUAGUUAAAAACAUCUAGGCAGUUGAAAUCUAUAAAUUAUUCUACAGACUGGUUUUGAUCAACAUGUGUUUUACAGAGAAGCAUUCGUUUAAACUCUUCUCUUUAAAAAAUAAUAUGCAUUGCUUUACUGUUUGAAGCAUCUGAUUGCAUCUAUGUCUUCAGUAAUGAUGACUUCACAGGAGGUGGAUUUAGUGUCGUCACUGGAUUAAAUUAGUUUACUUUUCAAACCCUUUCACUGGCAGAAGGGGGAGAGGGUUCCUUUAAUGCUAUUGUGUGUUACUCACUCUAAAGCAAGCGUUGGUAUCUCUUCUUGUCUCGAACAAUGCAAAUGUUUAAGCUGUUACGAAGUCAAUGGAAAAAAAGAGUAACUUGCAUAUCAGGAUAUCUGUGAAGUCCAAACUACUUUCCUAUAAUCUGGAUUUUGGUCGGUCUGUGCAGGUAACUGGUUAUGUUACAAAACAAUCUGCAGUAUAGUUAAUGAACCUUUGUAUUUUAUUUCCUAGGACAAAGAGACUGGGUUCCACAAAGGAUACAGUUGGGUCACAUUCACGUCAGAAGAAGGGUUGCAGAACACGCUUCAAAAGGACACACACCUCAUCGAAGGAGCAAAGGUAGAAAAGAAAAUACUAGCUAGAAUCUGCAGUAUAUUUAACAUAUGUAUUUGGGUUGUGGAUCUUAACAUUUAAUGUUUAACCAUCCCUUUAUCUGUUAACUGAAAACUUCCAUCUUUGCUGACAGUUACUGUUAUGUGUUUUUCCCAUCCAUUUCAACUGGUAGUCAGCAAAGGAGAAAUUAAAUAUGGAAAUAAUAGGCCCUAGCAAAUGCUUAUUUUAGGCAAAUUUAUUGAGCCAUAAGACUGCAAUUUUUCUUUAAGAUGAAGUAGCUGUGGUUUUUGUGUGUGUUCGCGUUACACCCAACUUGUUUGGAAUUUGCGAGUCCCUUUCUCACUCCAGCUGCAAGGGUUUGGAGGAACAGUGUUACUCAUUGCUUUUGCACUAGUCAUCUGACUGGUACUGCAGCUGGAGACUGAGCUACAUCUAACAAUGAAUAAAGAGGUUUAUAGGAUUAAGUCAGUUUAGAAAACUACAACCUAUAGUUUUGCCAGCAUCUGCAAAGAUAUUCUGUAUCUACCUCCUAGGACAGUUUUAUUUCAGGCUGCUGUACCGUCCGUGUUUGAGAAAAUGGUUUGUAGGGAGCAUUGCGAGCUUCAGUACUUUGAGAGUUAUUUACUAAAGUGAGAAUUUAAAGUGAAUUUUACUUUUAAAGGGACUCGCCAGUGCCAGAAAAAAAACCUGCAGGGCCUCUUCAGCUACUUAUCUGACGCAGAGGACGUCCAGCGUCAGAUAACGGACCAAAAUUCUAUUUAGAUUACGGAAGCGCCCCCCCCCCCAGUGUUUAACAUUGCGGCACUAAGUGUAAUAGGGGCACAGCAUCCACUUCAAGUAGCUGGAGUGUCCCUUUAAGGAAAUAGUCAAACUGAAAGCAUAGCCAACAUAGAAAAUGUUUGGUUCUUUGACUUUAAAUUCUCACUUUCAUAAACAAACCUGCUUGUUUGAAAUAGACAGAACACUCCUUAUGAUGUAUGUAACAGUCUUAUUUUCUUGUUUCAGCUCCAGGUUCAACUGAAAAGAAGUCUGCCCAGAAACCCUGACCGAGACUGAAAACAGUGCUUUAUUAUAGAGGAUUUAAAAACUUAAAAUAAAACAAAAUAAAAACUGAAUUAUAUUC